AGUCGCGCUCGAUCUGUUCACCGGUCAGAGUGCAUCAUGAAGAUCCCAGGGAAGUUGGUCUUGGCCGUCGCUGUACUGGCUUGUUUAGCUUGUACCGCCCAGGCCGUGUUUGGAGACGGCUCCUUGAAUGUGCAACCCUACGAGAAGAGUCGCUCUUUAUCGAAGCGCUCCGUAGUUGAAUUCUUAACAAUUUUUCCUUGGCUAAGGCGCCAAUUUACAAGGUCAUUCCCCGAUGUAAAUUUGACGACCGAAGUCACGAUGUCUUCAACUAACCAAAUUCAGUCUGCGACCGACCUUAAAACCGACAUUGCUAGGAUGCUUACGCUGACCCGACAGAAAAGAGCUGCAAAUGAAGAACAUGGAAAAUUCCCGAGUCGACGUUCGGUACAAGAAUUGCGUAACAUCGAGGGCUUCCUCAAGGCAAAGCAUGAUACGCUCACGGAUGCUCUAAGGAACUUCAACGAAGUUCUAUUUAGCCCGCACCGUCUGCACCAUCAUCAGCAGCAACAACAUCCGAUACAAGGAGGUAUUCCACCGCAAGCUGGACUCAGCAGUAUUUUAAUGCCAUUCAGUUUCCAACCGGCACGAAACACCGUGCUAUUCCUGCACCACAAUUCCCAUAGGAGCGGUAACAACAGUAAUAUAAGCGGAACCAAUGCAGGACCUUCUGUGGCCGAUGUUAGUACUGCAAAGCCUCAAUCUGCCGGACAAGCGGAACCCGCCAUUUCAACGCCAGCAGUUGUGACGGUCCAACAACAAAACAGCAAUUCCAAGCCUGUGACCACGGAAAGCGGAUUGCACGAGAAUCAAAAAACCUAUGGGAUAACACCAACGAGUGUCAGCGUCGAGCCACGCAGCGUCUUUUCGACUGUACUGACUGGAGAAGGAGUGUCCACUUCUACUUUUGUGGGAACACAGACCUCCCAGGAAGAGAGCACCACCGAGAGGAGUAUUAUGACUGAAGGAAGUGGGACAUCUAUUUCAACCGUCCCGGAAAACGUGAAAGAGGACACUGUUUACCGAUUGCUUACUGAUGAUGCGUAAGCUUAGAACGUGGUUUAUCGAAUUUGCUUCGUAAUAUACUCUGCUGAACACAGAACAUAUAUAGAAUCAGCGUAUUACACUGAUAAAAAUGUCGGACGCUACUAGCAUUUCCAUUAUAAGUUUCCGAUGAUCUAGGUAUAUUUGUAUACUACCUAUAAAACCUUGUUAUAAAGAAACAAUAUGACAAAAACGACACAACGUAUGCAACUUGACAUUUAAAGUUUUGAGUUUGUUUUAUUCUUUGUUAACGGCAGUAUAAAACACAUUACAAUGAAAGGAGCUGUAACAUAUAAUACAAGACAAUGAGUGUGAAAUAAAAUCUAGUCUGAUUUGUAUAAAUGAAAACUUGAUUUGUAUGUCACGGAGCAAUGUGUAAUGGUUUCAGUGACGUGUCUAAUCCAAGACACUUUGCGUGCGGAGCUACCAGAGAAUAGAGUACUAACCGUAAAAUAAACAAGACAGAUUUGAUGAGCAUUUAGAUAACUUUAUAGAUCUAGUCUAGAAAGCCCUUGUGCAGGUUUGUUCCAGGAAGGUCUAUGUUUUAUGUCCGGUAUCGCCGUUAGGCAUUCUAGCAGACGUGUGUCUAGGAUUAGUAGGAUAGUACGCAAAUAUGUGUACAGAUUAUAUAUAAAACCAAACUUUCGGGAAAUAUAGCUUCAUCAAUAUCAAACUUAGAUGGAAACAAAAUGUAGUUAAAAACAGUGCAAUUCAGUUCAUUACAUUUACCGCUAUGAAGCAGUUAUCUGAGAACGAACUGUAGAUCGUACACGAUAGUGCAAGGGUAGAAGCAACUAAGAAUUUCUUCGAACCCUGCCUUGAUCGUAAAGGAUGCAGAAUAAUGUAGUUGUAGGCUGAAUUACUUUAGAUUAAUACUCUGCUGGUUUGCAUGGCUGUAUCAUUCGGGGCGUAUUGCAUGGUAGUUGUCAUGCGAUAAUGCAAGGAUUAGGCAUAAUAAUUACUGUUUUCUUUGUUACUGACCUGACUCGCUCGACCAAAUCAGCCAAAGCCGUUUGUCGCCCCGUCAUCAAUUAUUUUUUCAAUUUUUCGACUUACUUUCAUGUUCCACCAUAAUCCCAUGUUGAGGCUCUUUAAGAGGCUGAAAUAGUUUGUGAAAAAAGAUAGAUUGCUAUUUAAAUUGCUUUUCAUUCUCCGUAGUUUUGUAAAGGAUGCCUUUGUUUUGUGUCGUACAAGCCAUGAUCUGCGUGCGGUCAAGCGUGCGAAAGCGAUAUCGGAUAUGGAGUCUAUAGACGGCAUCACCUGACGGCACAGUAGAGGCUGCUAACAAGCUUAGUUUAAAUUCCCACAAAUUCCAGAAAAUCCCACAAAAUAAAUGUGACAAGUGUCAAAUUAAACAUGCGAGUGAAGCACACAGACACCAUAGUUUAACGUUGGCCUCCCUAGUUUUACAUUUCUCUAUGCAUUACUAUUCAUUCAACUUUAUUUUUCUUACCGCACGCUUGCUGGCGCAGCUCAAUAGCCAUUUGGUGUCCUCCUUAUAAAAAAUGGCGUCUGUCGACCUAUUCAGUACAGAAUGAGGAAAGCAAUACUCGUAGACUGGCACAGAUGGCGGCGACAAAUUCGACCUCGCAUGCUCGUCUAUUAUCGUCGAUGCUCACUACGUACGUGAGCUUUUCAGCUCAUCAGAGCCUCCUAGUGGUCACGGCGGUUGUGGUAGUAGUGGCAACGGCAAGCUCUUUUUAGCGCUUUCAAGCUGGCUCAUUAGGAUAGGCUCUUUUCCUACACACGGGGCUAUAGUCCCGGCCCGCCGUAGUUGAGUGAGCUUGGCUGAAACUGGGAGCGAAUAGCCCUUUUGUGGGGCUACGGUGAUCUGUGUUUUUUUUUGGAAC